AUGGCGCCCGCGAGCUCACAAGGCACGUAUCCUCAGCGGAAAUUCAAGUCGGAACUCGCGAAGAAAACAAGCCUCAAAAUAGCAAAGGACAACUCGGACAUGUUGAUUUACCUCGUGUAUAUGGACUAUCUCAGCAAGCUCGUGCAUAGUUCGGGAGGGAAGGAGCUUACCGAGCGGGGAAUCGAGAAAGCGCACGAAAAGCUCAUGAAAAAAUACAGGGGCUGA